UGCCAGUAAAUAGCCACAUCCAUCCACACAUAUCGUGCCAAAGCCUGGUGGAGCCCACCGUCUACUACCUGACAGGUUUCACGUCGCUUUCCUCCGCAUCUGGCAACAUAAAUGCCACCCAUUUUGAGCCAGGUGUUCCUCUGCUGGGCCUGUCUAGGAAUUUAGGAGAUUGAUUGUUCUUCUGAUCAACACCCUCCCUCCUCCCUCCCUCCCUGCACCCACCCACCCAACCUAGCCACCCACCCUGCCUCCCCCCUGAACCUAUCACUGGGUUUUUGGGAAGAUGGGCUGUCUUGGCAAUAGUAAGACCGAAGACCAACGAAAUGAGGAGAAGGCACAGAGGGAAGCCAACAAAAAGAUAGAGAAGCAGCUCCAAAAAGACAAACAGAUAUACCGGGCCACUCACCGGCUACUACUGUUAGGGGCCGGUGAAUCCGGGAAAAGCACGAUAGUCAAACAGAUGCGAAUAUUGCACGUUAAUGGCUUCAACGCAGAGGAGAAAAAGCAGAAAAUUCAUGAUAUUAAAAACAACAUUAAAGAAGCUAUAGAGACGAUCGUGGCUGCUAUGACUACGCUCACACCGCCAUGCCAGUUAGCCAGUCCUGCAAACCAAUGCCGAAUCGAUUAUGUCCUGAACCAAGUAAACCAGAAGGAUUUCGAGUUUCCUUCGGAGUUUUAUGACCAUGCAAGGAUCCUCUGGCAGGAUGAGGGUGUGCGGGCCUGCUGGGAAAGGUCCAACGAAUAUCAACUCAUCGACUGCGCACAGUACUUCUUAGACAGGAUUGAGGUGGUCAGGCAGAAUGACUACACACCCACUGAUCAGGACCUGUUGAGAUGCAGAGUACUCACAUCUGGGAUCUUCGAGACGAGGUUUCAAAUAGACAAAGUCAAUUUCCAUAUGUUCGAUGUUGGAGGUCAGAGGGAUGAACGUCGAAAAUGGAUCCAGUGUUUUAACGAUGUGACAGCUAUCAUCUUUGUGGUGGCAAGUAGCAGCUACAACAUGGUGAUCAGAGAAGACAAUCAGACCAACAGACUACAGGAAGCCCUCAACCUUUUCAAGAACAUUUGGAACAACAGGUGGCUACGGACCAUUUCGGUAAUCCUCUUCCUGAACAAACAGGACCUGCUCGCUGAGAAGGUUUUGGCAGGAAAAUCUAAAAUCGAGGAGUACUUCCCGGAGUUUGCACGCUACACUACACCUGAUGAUGCAAUACUAGAGCCAGGUGAAGACCCCCGUGUCACAAGGGCAAAGUACUUCAUUCGGGAUGAGUUUCUGAGGAUCAGCACAGCCAGUGGUGACGGACGCCAUUACUGUUACCCCCACUUCACCUGCGCGGUCGACACAGAAAACAUCCGCCGCGUCUUCAAUGACUGUCGCGACAUCAUACAGAGGAUGCACCUACGGCAGUACGAGCUCUUGUGAUUUGCAGCGCCGUCCGGUCUUCUUAUCUACCUACCAACCUACCUAUCUAACCCCCACGACCAGUUAGCCUAUCACCCCCUCCAGUUCCACCAACUUCACCAAACAACCGAGCAAAGGAGCGAGCGAGCGACCGCCUGCCCUCCCCUCCAUCCCAAUACAGCUCCUACUUCUCCCAGUAACACGAUUUCAGUGGAAAGAUUUUAUUUUAAAGGAAAUACAUUUAAGGAUACACCAACAACAGUUUCAUCAACAAUUAGUCAGGACUGACUGCUGUACUCAGCUACACUUUGACCCCGGAAAGAGGGUCAAGACUGGAACCCCUCAGUGCAGGCUAUCCCUCCUUUUAGCUCUCUUUCUCUCUCUCAGACAUAUGAACACACACACACACACACACACUCACAGGUACACACACACACUACAGCAUAAGACAUCCAGAACCCUGAGAUAGGUUUUAAUGUAUCACGGUCACUCACACACACACACACACACACACACACACACACACACACACACACACACACACACACACACACACACACACACACACACACACACACACACACAGACCUUUUUAAAACCACGUCCUCCUGCUUUUAACAGUUGGCAGAGGCUGAAUUGAAUAAUGCAUUCUGAGAGAGAGGAGUUUAUUCACCGCGUGCUGAAGACGAAGGAGGAGGAGAGGAGAACGAUGGACAUGGAGGGUGGCAAACUGAUAACAGAGGAGGGCUGUGAGCGCUUUUGUGCCCGAACAGACGGACUAAUUGACUAACGUCUGCCUGUGGACGUGAGCGUGACUCGAACAUAAGACCACACGGCUCACAUGACAUGCUCUUCAAGAAACCAAUCGAGGAGGGACGGCAGAAAAAAAAGGAAAAAAAACAACAACAAAAAAACCCAAGAAAAAUAUCAUACAAUGCAUAAAUUCAUGCAUACCAGUGAACUUCAUGCAGUGCAAAAAAUCCAAGCUAUAUAUAUAGAUAUUUAUAUAUGUGUGUAUAUAAAUAUGUAUAUAUAUAUAUAAAUAUAAAUAUUAUAUAUUCCUGUAAUAACACAAUUCAACUUUUAAGUUUUUGUUAGUUUUUACCCCAUGUUGUGUGUUGGUGUACACUGUGUGUGUGAUCUGCCUCUGUGCGCCAUUUAAACCUCCCUACCCACCCACACACACACACACACACAUACACAACCUUGCCCCCUGCCCCUGCUGCUAUUUGACAACUAUUCAGCAUAUGGAAAAUAAAGGAGAGGUUUUAUUUAAUGAGGAAAAAAAAACAACUUAAAGGAAAGCAUGAAGUCAGAGAACUGACUUAUCAAGACUGGACGCAACAUUUUUACCUGGGAACACACACACACACACACACACACGCUAACAGACACACACACACGCUCCAGCUCUCAUCAGUCUCCUCCCUCUCCACACCACGUCCUCCCCCCACCUUUCGUCUUCUUCUCUGACCUCUCCCAGUCCCUCUUCCUCCCCUCCCGGCUUUCAGUACGUCUGUCUUUAUUUUACUGCUGGACUAUUAUUCUUGUACAGACUGUAAAAUGUAUUAUUUUGUACAACUUUAUUGAAGAAAAAAAAUAACUUGUAGAAGA